AUGACGAGACGACCGCGCCGGAACCACAGCCCGGCUUUCAAGGCGAAAGUUGCGCUUGCCGCGAUCAAAGGCGAGCAGACACUGGUGGAACUGUCCCAGCAGUUCGACGUGCACGCCAACCAGAUCAAGCAGUGGAAAGACCAGCUUCUUACGGGAGCGACAAGCGUUUUCGGCGAUGAAUCGAAGGCGGUACCGGCAGGGCCGACCGUCGAUGUCAAAACGCUGCAUGCCAAGAUCGGGGAGCUGACGCUGGAGAAUGAUUUUUUAGCCGGAGCGCUCGGCAAGGCAAAGCUUCUCGGCUUCAGCCGUGGCAGUGUCUAUUAUCUGCCUCGUCCGGUGUCUGAGAGCGAUCUGGCUCUGAUGCGCCGGAUCGACGAACUGCAUCUCAACUACCCGUUCGCGGGAAGCCGGAUGUUGCAAGGGCUCUUGAAUGGAGAAGGGCUGAGUGUCGGGCGGCUUCACGUCGCCACGCUGAUGAAGAAGAUGGGCAUCGAGGCGAUCUAUCGCCGCCCGAACACCUCGAAACCAGCGCCAGGUCACAAAAUCUAUCCCUAUCUCCUGCGAAGGCUGGCGGUCACCCGGCCCAACCAGGUGUGGGCAAUGGACAUAACCUACGUUCCGAUGGCUCGCGGUUUUGUCUACCUCUGUGCCGUUGUGGACUGGUUCAGCCGGAGGGUUCUGUCGUGGCGGCUGUCGAUCACUAUGGAGGCAGCCUUCUGCAUCGAGGCAGUCGAGGAGGCACUGGCUCGCUAUGGCAAGCCAGAAAUAUUCAACACUGACCAAGGUUCGCAGUUCACUUCCAUCGACUUUACGGCGGUGCUGAAGAAAGCUGAGAUCGCCAUCUCGAUGGACGGCAAGGGCGCUUGGCGGGACAAUGUCUUCGUCGAGCGGCUUUGGCGGUCUAUCAAAUACGAGGAAGUCUACCUCCACGCUUACAAGACCGUGUCCGAGGCCCGCGCUGGCAUCGGCCGCUAUCUGACCUUUUACAACACACGACGCCCACAUUCAUCCCUUGACCGGCAGACGCCGGAUCAGGCCUACUUCAACGCGCUGACGCCGAUGAUGGUGGACAUUGCGCCGUUUUCCUUCGCCGGGCUCUGGGCUUACAACACCAGCGCCGAAGUUACCACUUGCACCAUCUUGACAGUUGCAGCUGGCUCGCCGAUUGACCAGGUUCACAACCGCAUGCCGAUCGUGUUUUCGUCCGAGCACUAUGAUGCCUGGCUGGAUCCGGCGACCGCAGUGAGCGAUGUAAAAGCGCUUCUGUCCAACAAUCUCGGGGCAAGCUUCGAGUUCUAUCGUGUCGGUAGGGAGGUCAAUUCGUCCAGGUCUGAGAAUGAUCCAAGUCUGGUCGCGGCCGUGUAG